CCCGCCGCUCUCCAGCGGUCCGUCCACGCGACGGUCAUGCCGUCCGGUUGCGCUGGGGCAAACAGGGCCUCGGACGUGAUGGUCUUCUCCGGCCCUCCUCGUGGAACUCUCCCGCGACCGCCGGUGCCCGCGCCGGAGGCGGUCCAGCUCCCGCAUCCGGCGGCGGCCGUCGAGGAGCCUGCUCCACCGCAGCCGAUUGAGGAGGACGUCGCUCCCUCGCCCCAGCACGCUCCGCCACCGCCACCGCCCGUCGUCGAAGAGGAGGUACGUGCAGGUUCCUCCUUCCCCUCCACGGAGCGUGGCCAGGCCUCACCUUCACCAUCGGGAGCGGCAGAUGGGGAUUCUAGCGACCCAUCGGCGGUGGCGGCAGCAGCAGCAGCAGCACACCCAAUGGCUCAGCAGGAGGGAAGAGCAACAGAUCUUACAGCUGAUGGUCAACAACAAAGCUUUGGAUUUUUAGAUGAUUAAAAUGAUGACUUGACAGCAGAUGAUCAAUGACUGAACUGGAGGAUGCUGUUUUACUAGGUACAAGAUAUGUGAAGACAUUUCUUCAGUUUGCUGCAGCGUCUCAGGCAAAUACCGCUUCGCUGGAUCCAAAGGUCCACAGGGCUCCAUGAGUUACUCUUGUCGCUGACCGUCCGUCUUACUUUACGGUUGGGUAAAACUGGUUUACCUAUAAGAUGGCCGGGUUGUGGCCUAGCUUGGCAUUGUUGCAUCCUCCAUAUACGUACAUGGCUUUGCCGAUAGACAAUAUACAGCCCGAUCUGGGUGUCCUUCCUUGAUUUGCUUCGAUCCCACCUGUAGAAAUCGAAUUGAAAUCGACUUGGAACCCACUUGUUACUGUUCAAGAGGGCUGUUUCCUCUGUUUUUACGCUACUCUCCCAAACGCCCAUUCAUGCACUUUUCCCUAGGUUGUACAUCCUGUAGUUUUGCACAAGUGAUACUUCCGUGAUCCUAUAUGGUUUCCAA